UUUCUUUUUUUUUUCCUCCUGCGCUGUCGAGUACCGAGGGACGCUGCUGGACCACUCCAUCCUGGAGCUGCUAGGGAGGCUGCGGGUUCACCCAGCCGAGCGAGGGAAAUGGUCCCCGCCCGGCCAUUUGCCGGUUGAGAGGGGGCCGCCCUGGCAGGGUGGCAGGCCAGCCGCGGCGCGGUGCACUGGCGAGAAGGGGUGCAUGGUCGUCCUGUCCGGCCGCUGAAUGUCCGUCUCGGAGGAUGAGGAGAAGCUUCUGCCGCUCGCCCAGAGAUGGCCCCGAGCGAGCAAGUUCCUACUGUCCGGCUGCGCGGCGACCGUGGCCGAGCUAGCCACCUUUCCCCUUGACCUCACAAAAACUCGACUCCAAAUGCAAGGAGAAGCUGCUCUUGCUCGGUUGGGAGACAGUGCCCGAGAAUCUGCCCCCUACAGGGGCAUGGUUCGCACAGCCCUAGGGAUCAUCCAAGAGGAAGGCUUUCUGAAGCUUUGGCAAGGAGUGACACCUGCCAUUUACAGACACGUAGUGUACUCUGGAGGUCGAAUGGUCACAUAUGAACACCUUCGAGAGGUUGUAUUUGGUAAAAGUGAAGAUAAGCAUUAUCCUCUUUGGAAAUCAGUAAUUGGAGGGAUGAUGGCUGGUGUUAUUGGUCAAUUUUUAGCCAACCCAACUGACCUAGUCAAGGUUCAGAUGCAGAUGGAAGGAAAAAGAAAACUUGAAGGAAAACCACUGCGAUUUCGUGGUGUGCAUCAUGCAUUUGCGAAAAUCUUAGCUGAAGGAGGAAUACGUGGACUUUGGGCAGGCUGGGUCCCCAAUAUUCAAAGAGCAGCGCUGGUGAAUAUGGGAGAUCUAACCACUUAUGAUACUGUGAAACACUACUUGGUGUUGAAUACACCACUUGAGGACAAUAUCAUGACUCAUGGUUUAUCAAGUUUAUGUUCUGGACUGGUAGCUUCUAUUCUGGGAACACCAGCCGAUGUCAUCAAAAGCCGAAUAAUGAAUCAGCCGCGAGAUAAACAAGGAAGGGGACUUUUAUAUAAAUCAUCAACUGACUGCCUGAUUCAGGCUGUUCAGGGUGAGGGAUUCAUGAGUCUAUACAAAGGCUUUUUACCAUCUUGGCUGCGAAUGACCCCUUGGUCACUGGUGUUCUGGCUUACUUAUGAAAAAAUCAGAGAGAUGAGUGGAGUCAGUCCAUUUUAAACCCUUAAAGAUACAAUGUUCAGUAUUGCUGAAAUAUGGGCAUCUGCAACACACACACCCCUAUUAUUUCUACCUCUUUAGGAAGAUACCUUACUCCAGAGACUGUGAUUUAUAGGGGGCAGCACUUUCUUUUUCUUGGAAACCCAAGUUCUCUUUGACUCUUCUUUUUGUCUAAAAGUGAUCUGGUCGAAUCUCACAAGGCCAUCGAGUGAGAUCCAGUGCAGCAUUUUCUAAAGAAGAAUCACACCCAGACCACUCUGACCUUGGGCAAGAAGGUUUGGCCUUUGAGAUGCUGCUAUUCUAUGCUGAAGAGCCUGCUUAGAGGAGUGCCAGGAGGAGGUAGCAUCUCAGACCUGCAGUAGACAAUAGGAAUGUUGAAGAACAUAUGUGUAGUCCUUAAGAAACACAUUUAAUCUGUUAUGUCAGUACUUAGAAUUGCAGUUUGACAGUCACCUUUCUGUUGUUGUUGAAGUACACAUAUUGUAACUUAAAGUGAGGUAAAUGAAAAUUCAUGAAUAAAUGUUUUGAGUUUCCCUAGUGUUGAAGACAGUUGAUGUACAUUUUUCUUGCCAAGAGGAUGAAAAAAAAAAUCAAACUGAGAUGAUGUUUGGAUUUCAAAGAAAGAAGCUGUGUCUGUAAACGCCCCAUCAUUAGAUCUGUGUUAACUGGUUAGCACUCCACUGCACCUGGUAGUAACUUCCCCUGGUGGCCACAGCCCUGGAAUCUUGAUGAAAACAGAGAAGAGUAUUUACAUGUUACGGAUUUGUCACUACUAAAGAAUCGUAAAAUAUAAAAUUUGCAAGAACUGUACCUUAUUUGAUUAAAACACAGCUAUAUAGGUCCUUUUUGAAACACCAUUUGUUACCAUCAUCCUUCAGUGGUAUUUUAAAACUAAGGGUGAUAGGAAAUCAGCCAAUUCUGAUAUGAGUCCUUUUUUUAUCUUCCUUCUCUAACCCUAAGGGCAAAUAAGAAGGAACUCAGAAACCACACUAAAAAUGGCAGUUAAACUGAAUCUUAGUUUGACAAAGCUUCUUCCCUAGAGAGUAAUGAGUACAAACUGUCUCUCAUAUACAAUUCUGUCUCCAAUCUGAAUCAAAUCCAUUUUCUUAGUUUAGUAAGAGAUUUCUUCAGAUUCACCUACAAACCACUUGUUUCCCCAGCCCCAAACACUGUAAUUUCAGGAUAGAUGGCUAUGGUUAGGAGGUAAGGCUGUGACUAUUAAAAUAGGAAAACUCAAAAAGCUCAGACCCAGGAAAGAACUUGGACCUUAUCAAUGGACUUUUUUAUGGUGGACAUGGAUGUACUACAAAACGUUUACAAGUCCUGUGUGCCUGCACUGAUGAAUAAUCACUGCCAUUUGAAUUGGGAAAGUACACUUUAAAAUCUAUUAUGUAUUAACAUCCAGUGGCUCAUUGUGUUUCUAGUUGAAGAAUGUAGUUUAUUCUCUUCAGAUCUUCAGGUGGUCUACAUGUCCUUUGCAUUUGUCAAUCUGUAAUUGAGUUGUUAAAUAUAUUUAAUAUAUAUUAUGUGCUUAAAUUCCCAAGUGUUCUGCAUUGAACUACUUUAAGGAAAAUUUUGGUUAUGUUUUGUAAUUUUUUAAAAAUUUAAUAAAGACUCGAUCAGAAUAAUUGCAUGCAAACUGGACCAUGAAAAAAAAUUAACUUUGUUCUUUGGGAGGCUUGGGAUGAAAACAUUGCUUAAGUCCUGACACUAUUCCUUGGAAUCUGGAUCAUGAAUAACUGAAUUUUUUUUUUUUUUUUUUUUUUUUUGACAGGCAGAGUGGACAGUGAGAGAGAAAGACAGAGAGAAAGGUCUUCCUUUUGCCGUUGGUUCACCCUCCAAUGGCCGCCGCGGCCAGCGCGCUGCGGCCGGCGCACCGCGCUGAUCCGAUGGCAAGAGUCAGAAGCCAGGUGCUUUUCCUGGUCUCCCAUGAGGUGCAGGGCCCAAGCACCUGGGCCAUCCUCCACUGCACUCCCUGGCCACAGCAGAGAGCUGGCCUGGAAGAGGGGCAACCGGGACAGAAUCUGGUGCCCCAACCGGGACUAGAACCUGGUGUGCCGGCGCCGCUAGGCGGAGGAUUAGCCUAGUGAGCCGCGGCGCCGGCAAUAACUGAAAUUUUUAACCUGAAAUAAUUCCUUGGGAUCAUCUGUUUUACCCUUCUUAUUUUACAUGUUAGGAAAUUGAAACUGAAACCCUGAAAAGUAGAACAGCCAUGCUCCUGAGUGACUGAGUGGCAGAACAGAUAAAAAUGCAGACCUCCUAAUUAUUAUAAUUACUAUACCUGACAGUUAUUGUGCACUAGUUAGGCACCAAGUAAAUGUCUUUUGUCAUCUUCACAACAUCCCAGUCCAGUGCUCCUAAGUCUUAAAAAAAGGCAUAUUUUCUUUAUGGCAUUUUUUUUUCCUGGUCUCAUACAUUUCAACUGACUCUAAACUUACUCCUGCAUAAAUUUUAGAAUGUGGCCACCAUGCUUUAGCUUGACUCUAUAAUCUGACCAAAGUCUGUACCUCUAACAUGUACCCCAUUCCAUUCAUUCUUUCUAGUGAAAUCAUAUUCACUCUUGAAAUUUUGCUUUCUUUUUGCCAACUAGGGAAAUUAAUUAUUCCCUUCAAAAAUAAGUAAUAAAAAGGAGUAAAAUUUCCGUAAUUUUGUUUCCAUGCUCAAUGAUGUACUAAUUUCAAUCUCACUUCCUCUUUACAGUACUGCUCUGGUAUUUCUGUUAAGCUCAGUAUUGAUAACAUUUGAUAAUUGUUUCUUUUACUUGUUUUGAUAUUUUUUCUCUUCUCAAGUGAUUUUUUAUUGAAAAGCAUAUGUAUUCUUUUUUAUAGUAAUAGUUUUUUGCUCUCUGCCCUUUUAAGUGAAUUUACAUAUCUCUUUUAAGGGAUAGCAUUUUUAAACAUUUUUUUAAGUCAGAAAUGAUGUAUCUUUCAAGGACACAAAAUCCUCUUUGAUUAUAAGCUGUAGUGUAUAGUAUUAUGUUAUUUUUAUGUGAAUCUCUGUUCUCAUUAGAAUUCUCUUGCUGUUAAAUAUUCAAAAAUUGAUUAUAGUACAUAUAACAUGAAUCCAUUAAUUUUUGUCUUUAUUAUCUUAAGAAUCUGUACUAUCAUACUAGACAAGUCUGAAAUUUCUCUUUCUCUUUGCUAAUAAAAAAAGGAAACAAAUUUCUGGAGAUUUCAAUGGAAAAUAAUUUGUUGUUCAGUCAUCUUCAAAUUUUCAAGCAUAUUUAUUGACAAUUGAUAUUGUCAUACAAGUUUUUCUUUGUUAAUGAAAUCAGAUUCCUUCAGGAAUACCAUUGGAAAAAUUCUUAAUUUUAAUAUGUGAUGGUUAAAUAUAUUUUGGGAAAGUAAGCAAUUCUCUUCUCCUCAAACCAAGAUUCUUUAAAGAUAAUUACCAAACUAAUAUUACUGAAUGGCAAGUAUUGUGGAAGAAAACUGGACCUGGAAUCAAAAGACUUUUAACCUAUACUGGGUUCUACUUCUGAGUAGAUUAUAAAUACGAACAAGGCCUUUCACUUUGAAUUUCCAUUGCUAAGAUGAAGUAAUUGACCUCUAGAAUAUUAACUUGAAUGUAUGUAAUGAAGGGGGCAUUAUGUUGAUGUUACAUUUGAAAAAUAAGAUUUAAGAAAAGUUUCAUGGGUAUUUUUCCCAAAUUUAUUUUCCCAUGUUUUAAGAUUUAGAAAGAUUUGUUUAGACCUUAAAGUAUAAUACAAAUUUAUUAGUGAAGCAUCUCACCUUGAAAUCCAUCCUGUCAGGUAACUCUUAGUCUUACUUUCAGUCCAUCAAGCACAUGCACACAUAAUAAAAAUUUAAAUCCUUGACCCUCUCAAUCUAACUGCAGCCAUUUUUCUGACCUUAGCCUUUUACUGCAUACCUGGAUGCUUUGCACUUGCCUAUUUCUUGUGUUGUGUUUAUUCUUGUGCCCUCUACAUAACCUUCCUCCUCCCACCACCACCACCUACUCAUCUUCACUUUGAUUGGUUAAAUCCCACUGGAAUAUCUCAAAUGAUCACCUACUACUUCUUCUCUGAAGCUUCAAUAGCUUCAACAUCUGUGUUCCUGCUGUAUCUCUGCCCCCGACCCCCACCUAGAGAAGUAUGCAUGAGGGCUUCCCCUAACAAGGGCCACAUGAUACAUCUCUCUGUCCCUUAUAAACUACAAACAGGUUUUUGUUGUUUUAUGAAGAGGGCAGAGAAAAAAACUAAUUAUAUACACACAAUUAAGUCAUGUUUUUUCCUACUUCCUUCAAAAUAAUUGUAAUUGGGUCAAUAAUGCUAACUUUUUUACCAUAGUAAAUACUUAACUAAUUUUUAAAAGCAUGUGUUUAAACACAAUAUUAUUAUAAUUUUAAAGAUAAACCUUCAUAACUCCCACAAAACCUAGUAUCUGGUAUUUUUAAAUAAUAUAAAAUUUGGCUACUUGAUCAAUAUUUAAUAAAUGUGCAAUGUACUUUCAUUAAUCUUCAUUGUAGAAUGUUUAUGGAGGUUAUAUCACUAUUGGGCCUUCAUUGAAACUAUACAAAUGCACAUUCCACCCCCUAUAGUGUUUUUUCAUUUCUGAAUUUUGAGGAAUACAUGAUUAUUUUUCUCUCCCCAUACUUUACCCCCAACAGGCUGCUGUGAUUGUCAACAGCAGCAGGAGCCUCUUGGAAGGUUUGAUAAAUGCAGAUGAAGAUGCUUAAAGAUGUCUGUUUGCUGAAAAUGUCUGGUAACAGGAAUAUAUGUGAGUAAAUAUAGUGUGUUGUGAUUUUUUCAAAAUAAAUGUUUUCAAAUGCCUGA